GUUCUGGCACAAACAAAGACACAUCAGAGAGAGAGAGAGAGAGCAAAUUCAAAAUUUGGAAAGAGGUAUAGGAGGAUAUCAGAGUUUGGCUGCCAAGCCUAUGCCUCUAGCAGCUAGGCAUUCAAAUAUAUUUGUGUCCCUAUAAGGCCACAUCUCAGAUUUCUCUGUUUCAUGUCUUUUUCUGAACCAGAGAGGCACAUAUGGUAGAGAGAGAGAGAAAGAGAGAGCUCGAAGAAAAUGAAGCUUUUUCUUGUGUUUCUGCUUCUUCUGCAUGGGCCCAUUUGGAUCUUCAGCUUACCUGAGGUUGAUGCUAGAGCUCAUCCUCCUCUUUCCCCCAUAUCUGCUCCAGUUUCUCCAAUCUUAGCAUCAAUGGCUGCCUUCUCUCCUGGGGUUCAACUGGGAAGUGAAGGCCAUAAUAACCACAUGAAUCCAAAUAAGAAACUGCUCAUAGCUCUGGUUGUUGCCUCCACUGCACUGGGAGCAAUUAUAUUGCCCUUAUUGUGUUUGUGGAUUUGCCACAGAAAGAACUCACUCAAAUUCCUCAAGAAAAAUGAAUAUUGCUCAGAUUCUCUGAAAGGGCUUCCAUUAGCUUCCUUCAUGGGUAAAAACCAUUCCUCCAGGAUGAGUUGUAGCAAAAGAGCUGCAUCUUUAAUGGAUUACAAGCUAUUAGAAACCGCAACAAAAAACUUCCAAGAAAGCAAUAUAUUGGGUGAGGGCGGGUUUGGCUGCGUUUACAAGGGCUGUUUGGAUGACAAUGUCCAUGUAGCUGUGAAGAGACUAGACGGUGGAAGCCAGGAUGCCAUGAAAGAAUUUGAGACUGAAGUGGAUUUGCUGGGCAAAAUUCAGCACCCAAACAUAAUCUCCCUCUUGGGUUACAGCAUUCAUGGUGAAACCAGACUUCUUGUUUAUGAACUGAUGCAAAAUGGAUCCUUGGAGUCUCAAUUACAUGGACCUUCUCAUGGAUCAGCUCUAUCUUGGCACCACCGGAUGAAAAUUGCUCUCGACACAGCGAGAGGAUUAGAGUAUCUGCAUGAGCACUGCAACCCAACGGUGAUCCAUAGAGAUCUGAAAUCAUCUAAUAUUCUUCUAGAUUCCAACUUCAAUGCCAAGCUCUCCGAUUUCGGUCUAGCUGUAACUGAUGGUGGCCACAACAAGAGCGUCAAGCUCUCAGGAACACUGGGUUACGUAGCUCCAGAGUAUCUCUUGGAUGGAAAAUUGACCGAUAAGAGUGAUGUCUAUGCUUUUGGAGUGGUCCUCUUGGAGCUUCUACUGGGAAGGAAGCCUGUGGAGAAACUGGCACCAGCUCAAUGCCAGUCUAUAGUCACAUGGGCCAUGCCUCAACUCACUGACAGAUCGAAGCUUCCCAACAUCGUUGAUCCAGCGAUCCAAAACACUAUGGAUCUGAAGCAUCUAUACCAAGUUGCUGCUGUAGCUGUGCUGUGUGUUCAGCCAGAGCCCAGUUAUCGACCCUUGAUAACUGAUGUGUUGCAUUCUCUCAUCCCUCUCGUUCCCACUGAGCUCGGGGGAACGCUGAGAAUUACAACAAAACCCGGGGCUCCUGUGGGGACAGUGCCGCCUUCCAGUCGCUGAUGGUGUGGUGGUUCGGCAGUGGUGGUGGGUGCUGCUUCAAGACAGUUCUUGACUGUCGAUUUCGUUGCUCAGGUUCGAGCCUCCACUGUCUGUAAAUUCCGAAUGGGAGGCUAAAUAGAAGGUGGAUGAUGGUAUACUCAUUAGGAGUUGUAAAUUGAAGCAAUUGAGAUGUGGGGUUUGUUCAAUGGCAGAGUUGGGCGUAUAAGGCUAUGCCCGUAGGAGGGACACUUCAAUGGCAGAGAUGAUUGCCAAAGUCCUAUUUGGUUUGAGCAUACAAAUGAUAAAGAGAGCACAAGUAAUGGAGGGAGGUGGGCAAAGCAUGUCAAAAUUAUUACAUCAUAUGCACAAUUUCUUUCUUUCUUUCUUUUUCUUUGUUUAGCCAUUAAUGGCUAGAAGAAACCAACAAACUAGAGACACUCUUUGGGUAUUAGCCAAUGGUGGUUCAGCUUAAUUUAUCACUGUUUCUUUUGCCA